AUGCCCCUUGCGGUGAUCGUCACCGCUAUUAAAUAUUAUGCCCUUGCGGUGAUUGUUACUGCUAUUAUAUAUUAUACUGCAUUUAAUCGAUCAUUGUUUUACGUUAUUGUUUAUAUGCGGGGGUUUCAAAACAAUACUUCUUUCACAGAGUAUAGUGAUAGAGAUAACUUGGCUGCUAUCUGGGCAGGUACGAACAACCAACAAAUUUAUAGUCAUGAAGACCUUUGGAUGGGUAUAAAUGUUGCAAACAACCAACAAACCUACAAUCGGGAUGACCUUAUAAGCAUGAAUACCAUUUAUAACAAUAUAAUUGCUAGAACAAAUCACUCAAAUACCAUUUUAGACAACUUUUUAAUAAUUGAAGGAAACCACAUAAAUGCUAUUCAAGGUGAUUUAGAUAACCUUACAAAUGUUGGCGAAGAUUACUUAGCUGCUAAUUAUAAUGAUCCUAUAGAUAGUCUAGCUGCUACUUACGAUGAUCCUAUAGAUAGUCUAGCUGCUACUUACGAUGAUCCUAUAAAUAUUGAACGUCUAACUACUAUUUACAAUGAUUCUAUAAAUAUUUAA